AUGGCCAACCGGUACUCGACGUACUCGAACAACUCUUCACAAGUUGGUGCUGCCAGAACGGCAGCUCAACAGCCUACCCAAGUCUCGACCACUACGCUUCUCAACUCCCUACACACAAUCUAUGCCUCCGGCCAAACCUACCAACUCGACUCGAGCACGAGCAUUGCAGUCAACACGUGGCUGAGUGCAAUCAAUCCCGAUGCCCAAGGACGGGUGGGAGGUACUGUCGACGCAGAUAUCGCUUCAAGAGCUUGGGAACAUGCCAGACGAAGAGCUGAGGAUGGGUGUAUCAUUCUGGGGUCCUUGCACCCGUCGACACCCUCGCUCUUCCAGGCAUUUCUCCAAGUCAUGCCCCUGCCCACACCAGAGAUCGCAUACACUGCUCUAACGGCUUUGCGCCCUUUCCUAUCCUGUGUCACACCCCUCAACCCGACAACCUAUAGACAUUCAUCUCUCGCUGCCAAAUAUACCGUCACCUUGACCGGCACAGUCACGGGAUUCACACUCGCAUUAUCUGGCUCGGGGAUUGACGUUGAAAGGGGGCUGCUGAAGAUUCCCUCUGAGCCUGGCCAUCGUGCUUUUGACGUCUUUUACUACCUCUUGACAUCAGCAUCUACUCCUGCUGAGCGCGAGUUCCUGGGUCUGCAACAUCCAUCCAGGUACACCCUGUUAAAUAGAUCUGGAUACUACGAUCCUCCCAAAUACCUGCCAUCGGCCGAUGACGCAGCAGCCGCUGAAGAUUUCCGCUCAGCCUUAAAGUCGAUUGGCAUCAAGGGCUCCGCUUUCCGUGGCCUUUUGUCGUGCCUGGCUGGAUUGUUGAAACUGGGCGAGACAACAGGGCUACUGGUUGACUCCGAUGUCCUCGAAGAGAUAUGUGAGGAUGUAGGCGGCCUGAUUGGGUUGGAGCCAGAAGUCCUCGUCAAGAAGUGUUCCACGGAUGAUCGUGAGGUUCUGAUCGCAGGCAUGUACGAAGCUUUGGUGGACUGGGUUCUCUCAAAGGCCAACGACGCCAUUGCCGCCGAGUUACGCUCCGGUGCCCUCACACCUGACUCUAGCACCAAGACCGGUGAUGAGGUCAGCCUCACCGUCAUCGAAAUUCCAGGCGAGCCGCUCGGAAAAGCUGUGGCUUUGCGAAAUGUUUUCGACGACACCCAAGGGAUAAACGCUGAAAUGAAAGAUGAUGGCGUUGAGGUUGUAUCAGCAGGCCACUCCGUUCUCAAGGAAAUGAACUCUGCCAUUGCGGAGGUGGAGGCCGAUCUAGGUAUUAGAGGAGGACCGCUCAGUCGGGAGCGAGAGCACGACCGGGAUCGCAGGGAAGGCAUCCUGGAAAGGAUCGGCAAUGAGGCGGAGGCCGGUGGCUUCCUUCGCACCCUACUCUACCCAGUCGACGGCGAAGGCCUGAAUUUCGGCCGGAAGGGCCGUUAUGACCUGGGGGCUACACUCGCCAGCAGUAGAGCAUGGUACCAGCUCUCUAUCCACCCCACCGAUGAUGCGCCCAGUUCUCUGGCUGCACUGGCCUCGACGACUUCCGCAUGGUCUGCGGGAGCGGUAUCAAGACAAUUGCGAGCAUGGAGACUGCCUGAAUGGGCCAACCACCGCAACCGGCGACUCGACUUCACGGCUGAUUUCGAUUUCGAAGAGUUUGUGACAAGAUACUCCAGACUCGGCUGCAAAGAUGGCAAAGACGGGAUAGAAAGCUUUUUGCUCGAAAGAGGCUGGACAAAUGGAGAAGUCAUCAUUGGGCGAGAACGAGUCUGGAUGCGUGAAAGUGCAUGGUGGGAAGCUGAGUCAAUGCUCGACAUGUUACCCGUCGAAGGUGCCUAUUCCGACGAUCCUGCCUUCGGCCAGCCCCUCAACCCCUUUGCAUCCAGCUACUCUGCCAAUACUCCCCACAACGGCAGUGGCUUUUUCCCGCCAAUGGGGGAUAACCUGAGCGUUCAGGAUAGUCGAGAGAACCUGCUUGCUCAAGCUGGCGCAGACCGGGCCAAAUCAAUUGCACCUACAAUGGCACGCACGAUGCACACUGUCGGUGGUGACUAUGGCCUUGGCCCUAAAGGCGACGACCACAAGGACGCAGUCUUUGACCCAGACCUUGGGCAGUAUGUCGGAGGCAUGGAUCCAGAGCUGGCUGAUCCUCGCAACGUGGAGUCUAAGAAGACGUCCGCUGGUAGACAAGCUUGGGUGUCUCUCGUCUGGGCGCUAACUUGGUGGAUACCAUCUAUCCUCCUGCGCUAUGUUGGUCGCAUGAAGCGUCCCGAUGUGCGCAUGGCGUGGCGAGAGAAGGUGGUGCUGGUCUUCCUUAUUUUCCUGCUGAACGGCUUGAUCGUCUUCUACAUCGUCGAGUUUGGAAGGCUUUUGUGCCCGAACUUCGACAAAGCCUGGAACGCAAAAGAAGUCGGUUUUCACACGGGCACAAAUGAUUUUUAUGUCAGCAUUCGAGGCAAAGUCUACGAUAUCACCAAGUUCUACCGCGUACAACACAGUGACACGGCCAUCCAGACGAAUGCGCAGAAUAUGCUUCCACUGGCGGGAAUGAAUUUGGACGCAUAUUUCCCACCUCCUUUGAGUCGAGCUUGUCCGGGACUGAAUGUCGACGAGAGUGUGCAAUUGCAACACAAUGACACCAACGCCAUUCAAUACCCGAACGCUGUGCACACCUCCGGUCAUCGGUAUCAGCCAGAUCAACAGUCUGCAUUGUAUAGCUGGGAUUGGUACAGCGACACUUUCCUGCCCAAAAUCACCGAAUAUUACAAAGGAGACCUCGUCGUGUCAAAGGGCAGUAUCAAGAGUCAGGCUGAGAAUGACCAGCGGCAGUGGGUGAUCAUCCACCAGAAAAUAUACGACCUUACCGACUAUUUCUACACCUUGAAUCUGAUGAACAAUUUUGUUACUUACAAGUUUUUCCCCGAGGAGGUGACGGACCUGAUCAACAGCAAUCCAGGCUCGGAUAUCACAAGCCAAUGGGGAACAGACGCCGCGUUCGCAAACAGUCUGAACUGCAUGAACAAUGCGUUCUACGUUGGCAAGGUCGACUUCCGGGACUCUCCAAGGUGUCAAGUCAACAACUACCUCCUUUUGGCUUUUGCCUUGAUUUUGUGUGCGGUCAUUUUAGUCAAGUUUUUGGCAGCCCUUCAACUGGGGUCGAAACGCCGACCAGCUGCACAAGACAAGUUCGUCAUAUGCCAGGUUCCUGCCUAUACCGAGGGUGAAGACCAUCUGAGGAAGUCUCUAGAUUCUCUCACGGCCUUGCAGUAUGACAACAAGAGAAAGCUGAUUUGUGUCAUUUGCGAUGGAAUGAUCGUGGGUGGCGGCAACGACAGACCUACGCCCAAAAUUGUGCUGGAUGUCCUUGGUGUUGAUCCAAAGAUUGAUCCGCCAGCUCUACCCUUCCGCUCCGUCGGUAAUGGCAACGAACAACUCAAUUACGGCAAAGUAUACUCUGGACUUUACGAAUAUGAGGGCAACGUUGUUCCCUAUAUUGUCAUCGUCAAGGUCGGCAAGGAAUCGGAGCAAACAAAAUCCAAGCCUGGAAAUCGUGGUAAACGAGACUCUCAGAUCUUGUUGAUGCAGUUCUUGAAUCGGGUCCACCACAGAUCACCCAUGUCUCCUCUUGAAUUGGAAAUCUUCCACCAGAUCAACAACGUCAUUGGUGUCGACCCUGAGCUGUAUGAGUAUCUUCUCAUGGUCGACGCCGAUACUAUGGUCAAAGAAGAUUCGCUCAACCGCCUGGUCGCCGCUUGUGCCAACGAUGCUAAGAUCGCAGGUAUCUGUGGCGAGACAAGCUUGGAGAACGAAGAACGCAGCUUGUGGACGAUGAUUCAAGUCUACGAAUACUAUAUCUCGCAUCAUCUCGCCAAAGCCUUCGAGUCCUUGUUCGGCAGCGUCACUUGUUUGCCCGGAUGUUUCUGCAUGUAUCGCCUUCGGACCGCCGACAAGGGACGACCACUGAUCAUCUCCGACAAGGUCAUUCAGGAGUACUCGGACUGUGAUGUUGAUACUCUUCACAAAAAGAACUUGUUAUCUUUGGGUGAGGAUCGAUAUCUUACGACGCUGAUGACCAAACACUUCCCAUCGAUGUCCUACAAGUUCGUCCCCGACGCUUAUGCCCUCACUGCAGCACCAGAAUCGUGGUCUGUCUUGUUGUCACAGAGGAGACGAUGGAUCAACUCGACCAUCCACAACCUUGCCGAGCUCGUCUUCUUGAAAGAUCUUUGUGGUUUCUGUUGCUUCUCAAUGAGAUUUGUCGUCUUCAUUGACCUGUUCGGUACCUUGAUCCUUCCUGCCACCUGCACCUAUCUCGGCUACUUGAUAUACAGAGUCGCAUCGCAUACCGGCCAAUUUCCUCUCAUUUCAAUUGUGAUGAUUGCUGCAGUCUAUGGCUUGCAAGCGGUGAUCUUCAUCAUCAAACGACAGUGGCAGCACGUGGGAUGGAUGCUCAUUUAUAUAUGCGCGUAUCCUAUUUACAGCUUCGUCUUGCCAAUCUACUCAUUCUGGAAUCAAGACAACUUCUCCUGGGGUAACACGAGAAUUGUCAUUGGAGAGAAAGGUGACAAGAAGGUGGUUGCUAUUCAGGAUGAAGGCUUCGACCCCCGGUCGAUCCCGCUUCAGAGGUGGGAUGACUACGCGGCUGCCAACAACCUUCCAGGUCGUCGUGGAAAUACUGGCGCAUACCCCGAGAAGGGUUUUGAGUACGGCUACACUGAUGACGCUGCCAUGAUGGAGAUGGACGACAUGCAGUCAAGCUACUCAUCCGUGAAACCAGCCAGCACGAUUCUGGCCGGCUUCCCCCACCAGUCAGGGCCAUAUAUGGCACCGCCUCGAUCGACGACGCCGUUCACCGCGAUGCACAAUAAUCGCGCCAGCACCAUGACCGGCCUCACACAGUUCAAGGAUCAACCUGUCAGCCUGCACGGACGGAACAUGAGUAUGAUGAGCCUGGGCAGCCAAAUGCGGUUGAAGUCGCCUUCGCCUGUGCCAUAUCAGGAUAACCCGCGGAGCCGCAGCCCGUACCAGGGAGGCAUGCAACAUUCGGCCAGCCGACCCAGCUUGUUGGGCGUGGGUAUGCCGGGCAGUCGGCCAGCAUCCACGGUGAUGGAUUUCCGAACGGUUCCUUCGGCUGGGCCAAGCGAUCAUGACAUCGUUGAGGCCAUUCGCACGGUGUUGGCCGAGGUGGAUCUCGACAAAGUCACCAAGAAGCAAGUCCGGGCGCUCGUAGAGCAGAGGCUACAAUGCGAGGUGCCUGCUGGGGAGAGACGGACGUUCUUGGAUAAAGCCAUCGACGGCGAAUUGGCGAACAUGUAA